UCAGAGUUAGAAAAGAAUACUACAACAUGUCUGGUCGCGGCAAAACCGGCGGAAAAGCCCGUGCUAAGGCAAAGACUCGCUCCUCCCGCGCUGGGCUACAGUUCCCCGUGGGUCGUGUCCACAGACUGCUGCGCAAAGGUAACUACGCAGAGCGCGUGGGAGCCGGAGCUCCCGUGUACCUGGCCGCCGUGCUGGAGUAUCUGACUGCUGAGAUCCUGGAGCUGGCUGGAAACGCCGCCCGCGACAACAAGAAGACCAGGAUCAUCCCCCGUCACCUGCAGCUGGCUGUCCGCAACGACGAGGAGCUCAACAAGCUGCUGGGGGGAGUCACCAUCGCUCAGGGCGGCGUGCUGCCCAACAUCCAGGCGGUGCUGCUGCCCAAGAAGACCGAGAAGCCCGCUAAGACCAAGUAGAUCCUACCAUCCACCAGCAACACAACGGCUCUUUUAAGAGCCACACACUUCUCUCAUUCAGACCACAAUCCUCUCAGAAACUUAUUGUCUACUGGCUGAAUCGUCAAUAGAUCAA